GAGAGAUAUCUGUGGAUGUCUGGUGACGCGCCCUCUGCUCUGGAGGUUGUCAGCUUCAUCGGACAAACAUUUGGCGCAGGCGCGGCACUGACAGCUGCUCUCUACUUACUCCGCAAAGCGUGUUUAAUAAUGGCCUGGAAAUCUGGAGGAGUCAGCCACGCAGAGCUUGUCAACAACCUCCGCAAAAAUGGCAUUAUUAAGUCUGACAAGGUCUAUGAAGUCAUGCUGGCCACAGACCGAGGUCAUUUCUCGAGGUGUAAUCCGUACAUGGACUCGCCGCAGUCAAUAGGCUAUCAAGCAACCAUCAGCGCCCCACACAUGCACGCCUACGCCCUGGAGCUCCUUCACGACCAGCUGUACGACGGGGCCAAAGCUCUGGACGUGGGCUCCGGCAGCGGCAUCCUGUCCGCCUGCUUCGCACGAAUGGUUGGUCCUAAAGGGAAAGUUAUAGGCAUCGAUCAUAUCCAGGAGCUGGUAGACGACUCUGUAAACAAUGUGAAUAAAGAUGACCCCAGUUUGCUAACGUCGGGCAGAGUCACGCUAAUGGUGGGAGACGGGCGGAUGGGCCUCCCUGAGGAAGCUCCUUAUGAUGCCAUCCACGUUGGAGCAGCGGCCCCUAACGUCCCCCAGGCCCUUCUGGAUCAGCUGAAGCCCGGCGGGCGGCUGAUCCUGCCCGUGGGCCCGGCGGGGGGGAACCAGAUGCUGGAGCAGUACGACAAGUUGGAGGACGGCAGCACCAAAAUGAAGCCCCUGAUGGGCGUGAUUUAUGUGCCUUUAACAGACAAAGACAAGCAGUGGUCCAGGUGGAAGUGACUUCCUUCUCCCCCCCCCUCCCUCUCUCUGCUUCUCACAGUGCUAAAGGGAUGAACUUUGAAGAGGAAGACGGUCCAUAAUUCACCCUUUAAGUUUGAACCUGGUGAAACGUGGAUGGGGUGCAGCAGCCCAUGGCAGUGAAAGCAUAGGAAAACUUUCUUUUGUUUAACGACGGACGAGUCUCACGUGGAGCCCACGGAGGGCUGGGGGGGAAAAAAAGGACUGCUUGAAUCUCGGCACAGAAAUAUAGCAGAGGGCUUUUAGUUUUUUCUUUUCAGCCCUGCAUCUUCUUUGGUUGUAUGUUGGAUUUUGGUUAUAAUUUUUUUUGGGUUUCAACGUUUGAUUUGCAAGCAGCUAUUUUUUCACAGUAUAACAUUGCAGCUGAAUGUAAGAAGGACGCCGGACAUCAACAAGGAAACUUUAAGAUAAUCCACCUAGCAACAGCGUGUGUGUGUGUGGAUCAUUAAACUGUAGACCUCUCUGCUAACAUACGAGCUUUACUCCUAACAGCAUUAUAGGAACACACAACGACCGAAGAAACAACACUUCCUGUGUCAUAUGCAGCACUCAUUCUAUAGAAUAAGAAAAGCAUCGGGUUGUACUGAACAUACUCCAAAGAGAGCCGUGCACACAUAACACCGUGCACAUCACGCCUCUGUUGCUUUGUGCCGCUGGUUUCACAUUUAGCUAUUUUGCGCAGGCUCUCCUGGUGGCUGAUACUACAUGGGAUAGUCACUGCUUUGCCAACAUGAAACUCCAACAAUAUAAAGCAAAUGAAUGUCUGCGUUCUUGAAAUCAAAAAGCACACUUUAUUUUGGGUGAUGGGAUGAGUUUUGGCUUUCACAGUUUCUGGAAUGGCACAUGAAAAUAAAGAGAUGCUUAUGUUUUU